AUGGCUUCGCCAAAUCCAUCAUCAUCUGAUUCUUCAACAUACUAUCUCCCCCCAGUCACUCAAGAAGAGUUCAAGAUGUUUCACAAUAUCGAUCGCAAACUCUUCUCCCGUCUAGUCCUAUCCCUCUCCCGCGAAAUAGGUCAGUCAAUGCAAGUCAUAGCCUUUCUCCUAUGGCUUGAACAUGCAGGCUAUGCAAUGAAUUUGAUUCACCAAAUGAAUUCAUUGCAAGAUUACAUAUUAGUUGCAUUAGUCGAUGAGGUUGUACUGUGCUUGAAGUGCAUUGAAAGUCUUGUAUUUGACCCUAACUCAAAACAAUAUGUCAAGGGUGUCCCUCUCGUCGAGAAUGUAACAAAAAAUGCUGUCUCGAUCACCUACUUUCGUGAGAAUCGCAUCAAAAUCAUCAACGAGGUGGCGCGUAACAUGAACGAUGUCUGCGUUAGGGCUUUCGACGACAUUGUUAAUCAUGUUCAAUCAUCAAGACAACAAAGCUUGAACCAAGUCCCAUAUUAUGGUCCUCCUCCACAGAAGAUCUCGCCUAGUAGUGGUGCAGUGUACUAUAAUGCUAGUGCACUUGGGGGUUAUGGUCCUCCGGCGCAGCCUAAUCUUCAACAACGCAUGGCAGGGCCUAGUGUGCCUGCGGUGAAUCCUAAUCUUGUUUCUAAGAAAGUUGGGAGCCGAGCAUAUAGGGCAGGGCCUAGUGUGGCUCCAAGGGACCCUAAUGUUGCUUAUAAUAAGACUGGGGUACUCCCAACAAGGUCGAUAGAUGAUGAUAUCAGUGAAGCUUUGGGGUUGUCCAACAUAAGGACUGGUGAUGAUCAUCAUCGAGAUCGGGAUCGGACGGUCGUGGUAGAGGAAGAUGCAGCGGUGCAACCGGAUGACAGGACUAUUUUCUUGACUUUCUCUAAGGGGUACCCUAUUUCAGAAAAUGAAGUAAAAGAGUUUUUCACCGGGAUGAUCGGAGACUGUCUGGAAUCAAUUUACAUGCAAGAAGUCCCAGCAGGGGAGCAACCCCUUUAUGCCAGACUUGUUGUUCCAUCUGAAUCUGUGAUUGAAGCUGUGCUUGAUGGGAGAUCAAAAGCCAAGUUUUCAAUAAAUGGAAAACAUGUUUGGGCAAGAAAAUAUGUGCGUAAGAACAUGAGGUCUGCUAAUUCUCCGCCAUCACAACCUUCUUCACCAGUACAGGCAUCUUAA